AUGGACCCAUCGGGCAAAACUCUAUUGCAAUGCGCGGCGGAUUCCAUGGCCAACUCCAAGGCGAGCGAGGAGUUCGGGGUGAGCAAGGUUGCCCAGAGUCUCUCGACCGCCAUGUACCUGUUUGGUGUCGGAAGCGGUGCUAUUUUCGCUGGUCCGCUCUCGGAGUCAGUUGGAAGGAACCCAACGUAUCUUGUAUCGACGUUUUGCUAUCUUUGCUUCGUCCUUGGGACUGCUCUCACCCCAUCCUUUGGAGGCCAAGUCGUCUGCCGAUAUUUUGUCGGGCUCUUCUCUAGCGCCACGUUGGGGAUCAACGGGGCUAGCGUAAGGACCAAUUCCACCCGGUGA